AUGGGAAAAAAAGCUAAAACAGGAAAACUUCGUCGAGAUAAAUUUUAUCAUUUAGCUAAAGAAUCUGGUUUUCGAUCUCGUGCUGCAUUCAAAUUGCUGCAGUUAAAUCGUGAACAUCGAAUUCUUGAAAAUGCUCGUGUUCUUAUUGAUCUCUGUGCAGCGCCUGGUGGUUGGCUACAAGUUGCUGAAAAACACAUGCCAGUAUCAAGUUUAAUUAUCGGUGUUGAUUUAGCACCAAUAAAACCGAUUCCACAUACAAUAACUUAUCAAGAAGAUAUCACAUCUGAAAAAUGCCGACAACUUUUAAAAAAAGACUUAGGAACAUUUAAAGCUGAUGUCAUUCUUCAUGAUGGUGCACCUAAUGUUGGCAAAAGUUGGAUUCAUGAUGCUUAUCAACAAAAUGUCUUAACAUUGAAUGCACUCAAAUUAGCAACGGAAUUUUUACGUAAAGGUGGCAUAUUUGUUACUAAACUAUUUCGUUCCAAAGAUUAUUAUUCAUUAUUAUGGGUUUUCCAACAAAUGUUUAAACGUGUUGAUUCAACUAAACCUCAGGCUUCACGUAAUGAAUCAGCUGAAAUUUUCGUUAUUUGUCAUGGUUAUUUAGCACCAGACAAAAUUGAUCCAAAAUUUCUCGAUUAUAAACAUGUAUUUACUGAAAUCGAUAAUGAUAUAACUGAUGUACAAACUAAAGCUAAACAACGAUUAAAACAUCCGGAAAAAUUCAUUCGAAGCCGAGAAGGUUAUCCAGAAGGAGAUUAUACUUUAUAUCAUAAAUUGGAAGCAACGAAAUUUAUUCAAACUGAAAAUUUUCUUGAAUUAUUAGCUAUGGCUAAUGAAAUUACUAUUGAUGAUGAACGAAUACUUGAACAUCCACAAACAACAGCUGAAAUCAAAGAAUGUAUUAAAGAUAUUAAAGUACUUGGUCGACGAGAAAUAACUUUGAUUCUUGCUUGGCGUCGUCAUUUAGCUGCAUCACUUUUUAAAAAAGCUCUUCCUAUUGUUGAACAACAGCCUGAUGAAACAAAAAAAGUUGAAACAACAGAAAACGACCGAGAAGGUGAAAAGGAUGACGAAGAAGACGAUAUGGAUAAAGAUAUUGAAGAACAAUUACUUAAACUUAGUGAACAGCAGCGAAAAGAAGCUAAAAGAAAACGUAAACAUAUAAUGAAAGAAAAACGAAAAUUACGUGAUCGUCUUGCACUUAAAAUGGUAUUACCUGGUGAUAUUCAUGAUCAUGAAACAGCUGAGGGUGGAAAGAAUGAUCAAGGAUUAUUCGAUCUUGAAAAAAUCAAAACAAGAAAACAAUUACUUGAAAUUUCAUCUGCUAUACCUGAUAUGGAUUUGGGUAUUGAUCAAGUUGUUCGUGAUGAUGAUGAUGUUUAUCUUGGUCAAGAUAAAAAUCGAAUACCUCGAGUUGCUUAUGAUAAAGAUAAAAAUAAUGGUGAUUUAUCGUCCAUUGAUAUUUAUAAGCAAUAUCUGGAAGAUGAUGAUGAAAAUGACGAAGAUGAGCUAAUGCCUUAUGAUUCUGAACAUCGUCAAGUGAAACUCGAUAGUGAUGUCGAUGACAAUGAGUCUGACAACGACGAUUAUAACAAUGAUGAAUGGGAAGACGAUGAAGAGAAUCCACUUGAUAUGGAUAUUAUUGAUGCUUCAACCAAAUCAGCUAAAGCAAAAACAGUGGCUGAUGUUUGGUUUGAACAAGAUAUAUUCAAACAAACAUUACAAGAAGAUAAUGAUGAUGAAGAAUUUGAACUUGAACGGAAAUUGAGUGCACUUCAUUCAGAUGGAGUACCUGUUCUUGGUAAACCAUCUAAAAGCAUUCUCAAAACGAAGAAAGAUAAUGAUUCCAGCGAAUCUGAAGAUGAUGCUAAACCUAAAAAAUCUAAACGUCCAUUGAAUGACAAUGAAUUUGAAGAAGUACCAAUUGACCAGCCUAUGAAACGUAUUCAUCUUGAUGCUGAUGAUUUAGCAUUAGGUCAUGUUAUAGCUCAAUCGAGAAGAAAUCGCGAACAAGUUCUUGAUCAUUCAUAUAAUCGUUUUAUGGGCUAUGGUGAUAUUGAUGGUUUACCAAAAUGGUUUAUUGAAGAAGAAAAACAACAUUGUCGAGCAAGUUUACCUGUAACAAAAGAACUUGUAGAAAGAUACAAAGCUAAAAUGAGAGAAAUCGAUCAGAGACCAACGAAAAAAGUUGCUGAAGCUAAAGGACGAAAGAAACGACGUGAAUUACGUAAACUUGAUAAAGUCAAAAAGAAAGCUGAACCAUUACUUGAAAAUCCUGAUUUAGAUGAUAAAGAACGAAACAAGCAAAUUAAAGAUUUGUAUCGAAAAUAUGGUGUCAUUGGACAGAAAAAACCUGACAUUAAAUAUGUUGUUGCUAAAAAAUCUACAGGCGGAGGUGCUCGUCCAUCCGGUGCAAAAGGACCAUAUAAAGUUGUUGACAAACGCUUGAAAAAAGAUAAACGAGCAGCUAAAAGUCGAGGCAAAGCCAAUAAAAAUAAACAAUCCAACCGAAAAGGACAUAAACAACAAAAAGGAGCAAAAACCAACAAUAGAAAAAAACGGUCAUAG